AUGAUGGACGCUGCAGAUGAGGUCGUCGAACAAGUCGACACCAAGGACCCGCCACCAGCAACUUCAGCAGUUGAAGACAUUGUCCCGACCGGGGAUGUCAUCUUGGUUGUCGGUUCCGGCGAAGACAUGGUCAAGCUCAGAGCGCAUUCCGUCUGCCUCAAACUCGCAUCAGAUGGUUUUGAGGGCAUGUUCGAUUCGAGCGUGCCGGAGGGUCAGGUGGAGUCAUGCGAAAGCCCAAGAGAAGUCGCAUUCCCAGCCGACACUCCGAAUGCGAUGCGUAUCAUCUGCCAGAUUCUACAUCACCAAUACUCCUCCGAGGAUCGGGGUCCGCUCUCAGCAGAUGACCUACUAAGUGUAGCUCUCCACGCAGAUAGAUAUACCAUCAGCUGGAUCCUUGUGCCCUACAUGAAGGCCUGGCUGUCCACUUGCGCCACGCCCACAACAACAUGUCGGCUCAAGUGCCUUGCCGCUGCUUCUGACUUGAAAUCGAAGGAUAUAUGGCCAUGGGUCUUCGACAUUGUUGCUCGUUGUACGGGCUCGUACUCCCGUUACUUACAAUGCGAUACACUACGUGCAGCCUUCAGCACCGAGGAUAUCUACCGCCUUGAGGAAAUGCGCACAGAGCUAAGAAUGAGCCUACUCGACCUAAUCAACAAGCAAUUUGACGCAAAAUGCGAGUGCCGAGCAAGCGUUCCUGCCAAACAACGUUCUGCUCAGCUCCGAAAACAGUACACCGCAGCCAAAGUCCUCCAGGUUCCAGCCAUCAAAGUUAUUGAGAAGCUUAUGGCAGUUUACGUGUCUUCUGCGGAAGUUGGGGCCUACAAGUAUCGUAAGAAGCCAUCACCUGGAACAUGCCGCUGUGGCUGUGACCUCUUGUCGAGUCUUGACCAAUUGUACGAGAGAAUAUGUGACAAGCUUCUGGGUAAAGAAGAGAAAUAA